AGCUCCCUCAGCAGUUCAGGACAUUAUCAGUUAAUGACGACAAAAACAGUCAAGUUAUAAAUAAAUCAUAGAAGUAAGAGGUAGUAUUCAUGGUAAUAAUGGACUAUUAGUAUUUACAAAUAUAAAGUGGGUAGUGUCUUGGUCACGCAGUGGAAUAACGUUAAAUUGUAUUCUGUUGGACUUCUUGAGAACCCGAGAGCCCAUGCUUAAUUUCUGAGGUUUUAGGGGCGCUGUUACCUUCAACACCGCGGUGGUGGUGUGACUGGACCAUACCCGGUUAUCUGUGAUGUGCACACCAAGGAACUUGAAGCCUUUGAACCUCUCCACUGCAGCCCGUCGCCCCUUCACCCCGUUUCCUGUAGUCCACCAUCAACUCCUUGGUUUUACUGUCAUUGAGACCGAGGCUGUUUUCCUCGCACCUCUCUGCCAGGACUCUUGACCACCUCCCUGUAGGCUGUUACGUCUGCGGUAAGGCCCACCACUAUCGUAUCGUCAGCAAACUUUUAAAUGGUGUUGGAGUCAUGGGUGUACAAGGAGUACAGAAAUGGGCUGAGCACUAGUAAUUCGCUGAGCUGUUUGUUCACCCGCACCCACCUGCAGUAGCUAAAGAUCCAUCCGCAACCACCCGACUCACUAUGCGAUAAAGUGAAAAUCUGAAGUCAGCACUGGACCCAAACCCGCAAAUAUGGAAAAUGCGCAGUAGCCUACAGACUGCGGGGGGAAAAAGUGGACAGGAUAUCAAAAAUAGGUCUAUGUUUCUGUUUUACAUUUUUGCCAACUCUCCAAAUCGUUUUGAAAUCAGAGCAUCUGCGACUGCAAUUGAACAUCACGAGCGAAAAUCUACCCUGUCUUGCUACAACGCUGAAAUGCGGAACAUUGAAGCAUAUUAUUGGUGAAGUUAUGUUAAGGAUCAAGGGGAUUGGAUGCAUGUUUUAAAGAAACACCCCUCAAGAUUAGAGUGGAAAUGAAUGGCGUUAGAACCUUUAUCGCUGAGUUUAAAACUGUUUAAAAAAACAGAUGUACAAUGUUGUCAACAAAAUUAGGUUGCUGUUACUCCCGCCCCUAUUGCAGAAUGCAGCCUUUUGACAGCAUAUUUAAUCCACACUUGCAAAAGUGUUUUUGGUGAUUGGCAUUUAGGCUGUGACAGACACAGAGUAUGUUUUAGCAGGGACGUUUGGUACAGUGACCUGAUUUGGAACUAUGAAAAAGAAUUUCGUCAAACAGAUUAUGAACCCAAAAGUGUCCAUUUUAUGGGUGGUCAAUAAAUAGAAACAUAAUUUAGUUUAGUGUGUAGGGGCAGAUUUAUCGUCUUGUCUUCGGGAUAUUUGCUAUAUUUAGUCUGAUCAGUGGAACAAUUGUCAUUCUUAACAAUGAGCAACAAUAUAGGGUCAUUCCUGUGCUUGCCAUCAAGAACACUACUGUUAUUCCCCACACUUAUUUUAUAGUUCCACUUCCCAAUGUUGCCAGUGUUAUCACAUAUUUGAAAUCUGAUGUGACAACUUGUCUUUGUAAAUUAAUUAUAUGAGGCUAUGUAUUUUUGCAGCCAUUCAUGGACAAUUUUGAAUAAGUCAUACAAAUAAGCAUGGGAUUUAAAUGCUCUAGGAAUCAAAUGUAAUUUGACAUGUUAGGGGGACUCAACUUGUUCACGUCAAUUUGUUUUCCAAUAAUACUCUGAAUACUCCAAUGACACUCCCUGUGAGUCUUCCUUCUCCAUCCCCUCAUUCUGAAUGCAGUCCGUGUGUCCAUAUUCAAAUGAGAGCGAGACGUUGCCUGCACAGGUGUUAAGAUCAAAUGCUGCGUCCGCAGUUGGUUUGUUCUCACUCCUUUUGGUAAGUUUUGGGAUAUUGAUUAACCUCUUCAGUUCAUCUUGGAUACAUUUAGUGGAUUUCAACAGCUGUUUGUCUGAUUUAAAUGUAUUCCCGUGAGAAUAUCUAAAACGGUAACCAGAACAAAGAAGUCUGAAUCGUUCCAGUCGAAGGAUGGGCAGGAUUCAACACCUGAUAUUAUGGGCUGUGUUGGUGGUGUGUUGUGUAGCUGAGAGACAGUACUUCUUCCAGUCCAACUCCUCCACUUGGGAACAGGCCAGGCUACACUGCCAGGUGUGCUACAAGGAGAUGGUGAGCCUGACCCCUGAAAACAUCCAGCAACUUGCCCAGAACCUGACCUCUUCUUACUGGAUCGGCCUCCGCAAAACCAUGAACAACGGCUCCUUCCCCUGGUCCCGCUGGUCCAACGGAAACCCCCUCGCCUUCCAGAACUGGUACCCCGGUCGCCCCAUACUCUCCAAGCCCAAGAAUCCUGUGAACAUCUUUAACAACUACUAUUCCACCCCCCCCAAUUACUGUGGGUGUUGCUGCACCAAUAACAGCAACUCUACCAGUGUUCCCCCGGUAACUACUGUUAAUAGUAGCUACCAUGGUACCAUGACUGCAUCGCCAACGAAGACACCAGCCGUGACAAAGAUGACGUCUGUCAUGACGGGAUCAACGUUCUUUACUGGAGUUACUGGUGGCAUCAAUGGCACCAAUAUGACUAGUGGGAACAAUGGGACGAAUGAAACUGAGACAGACGUGUACAUUGAGGAGCCUUGCAUAGCCAUGCUCAGUUUUGGACUUUGGUUCGAUAAAAUCUGCUCAGAGCUUCUUCCUUAUAUCUGCUAUGAAGACCGUUUCUACGGUAAUGCCACCAUGACCAACAAGACACUACACAGCGCGACUCUGAGCUGGACCCGUGGGCCUGGUGACAUCAGCGGAUACAGGAUGGAGGUCAAGUCCACUGACUACAACCUGACCCUAAACCACAGCAGUCUGAACCAGACCUAUGACCUUUCUAACCUCACCGCCGGAACCCAGUACAGAGUCCAGGUGUUCCCCAUUAAGUGUGGAAGAGACCUCAACCCACAGAACGUCUCCUUCUACACCAAGCCUGGCGUGAUCCAAAAACUCAAUGUUGCCAAUGUCUCAGAAACAAGCAUCUUCCUGACCUGGUUUGCUCCUGAGGGCAACCGUGACUUGUACAACAUUCAGGUGAGGGGUGAACCCGACCUGAAAAUGACCACACGCACAGAGAGCGCCCUGGUCAAAGGCCUGAUACCAGGAGGGUUGUACACGUUUGAGGUCAAUGCCGAGGUGGAGGACAAGUCCAUCGAGGGAGAUCGGCUGAAUAUCCCCUCCUACACCAAACCAGGAAUGGUGUCAAACUUAAAGCCAACUGCUCUUACUAAUGACAGUGUCGAAUUCCAAUGGGAACAGCCGACAGGUAACACCUCUGGGUACAGAGCGCACGCCUGGAGAGAAGAAAAGAACGGAACGGUUGAGAUAUUCUGGAAGAAUCUAACAUACACGAAUCUGACGGUGGGGAACCAGUCGCCAGGUGACAAGAUCUGGCUGAGCGUUGUGGCACUGGUGCCCGACGGAUCGGUUGAGGGAGAACCCAGCCAAGUGAUUGGCCGCACCACUCCAGGUGAAGUUACAAACUUACUGCUGGACAUUACUGAGGACACCAUCAAAGUGUACUGGACACCUCCUCAGGGAAACUACGAGACAUUCAGUGUUCAGCUCAAGCUAAACGCUUCUAACAAGGAAGUGGAAACAGAGAAUACAAAUAACAGUCAACUCUCAUUCAUCAACCUAAAGGCAGGAGCUGAAUAUAUAGUGACAGUCACCACUCUGAAUGGGUAUCUCAAGAGUUACCCAAUUUCCACUGCAAAUUUCACUCUUCCUCUCCCACCGCAAUCAGCCCAAAUCGAUUUCUUCAAUAAGAGUCAUGUCACCCUGUCAUGGAAAGCCCCCGUGGCAUCCCAAGGUGUACAAAUAAUGUACCUGGUGAAAUACAUAACUGAAUUCUGGAAUGAUACGCAGACGUACGAGACACACACAACCAACUAUACAUUUCAUGAGUUGCAUGCUGGGACCAAUUACACCUUCGAAGUACGAGUGAAGGCGGGAACCCAGGAAAGCCAGCCCGUCCAAACAUCACAGACCACAAGUCCUACGGUGAGAGUUCGAACUAUGACUAUGGCGUGUUCCUCCAGCGAACCUUCCAUCUGUGAGGAUAGCGGCACACGGACAAAGGUCCUGCAAAAUUUGAUUAGCCAUUUCCGCAAGUGGUUCAGCAAGAUGGAAAAUGAAACUUUGGUUGAUAAGGUGUUCUGGGAACUGGAGUGGCGAGGGGCAUAAUCACACACACACACACACACAUACCAUCUAUUCAAUAUAAUUUAUUAGUCAAGAUUAAGAUGAAUUGUAUUUUGAUAAUAAAAAAUUAUAACAAUAGAUAAAUGAAGAGUUGGAUGUGUGCCAAGAAUGUAUGUGUUUUGAAUUUCUUGUCUAUCCUUGUUUUGCUUGUUUUCAGGAUGUGAUGUAUGUUUUACAAAUGUAUUUUAGUAAGGUAUUUUCUCUGACCAAAUUACUGAAUAAAAGGCUGACUGUCUUGGUGUGCAUUA